AUGGCCGCCCCCACCCAUCCCUCAGGGCUCCCAGGCUGUCCCCGACCUGGGUCCCCGCCACCCACCGGCCCCAACUCGGAGCUCCAGUCGCCGCCGCCGCCACUGCUGCUGCCCCAGGUCGCGGCCCCGGGCCCGGGGGUCUCCUUUCACAUCCAGAUUGGGCUGACCCGAGAGUUUGUGCUGCUGCCCGCCGCCUCCGAGCUGGCCCACGUGAAGCAGCUGGCAUGUUCCAUCGUAGACCAGAAGUUCCCAGAGUGUGGCUUCUACGGUCUCUACGACAAGAUCCUGCUCUUCAAACAUGACCCCACAUCGGCCAACCUGCUGCAGCUGGUCCGCUCAGCUGGCGACAUCCAGGAGGGCGACCUGGUGGAGGUGGUGCUGUCCGCCUCGGCCACCUUCGAGGACUUCCAGAUCCGCCCGCACGCCCUGACGGUACACUCUUACCGAGCACCUGCCUUCUGCGACCACUGCGGCGAGAUGCUCUUCGGUUUGGUGCGCCAGGGACUCAAGUGUGACGGCUGCGGGUUGAACUACCACAAGCGCUGCGCCUUCAGCAUCCCCAACAACUGCAGUGGUGCCCGCAAACGGCGCCUGUCUUCCACGUCUCUAGCCAGUGGCCAUUCGGUGCGCCUGGGCACCUCCGAGUCCCUACCCUGCAUGGCCGAUGAGUUGUGUCGGAGCACCACGGAGCUCUUCCCGCGCCGGCCCCCUUCCUCGUCGUCCUCGUCCUCCGCCUCCUCCUACACGGGCCGCCCCAUCGAGCUGGACAAGAUGCUGCUUUCCAAAGUCAAGGUGCCGCACACCUUCCUCAUCCACAGCUACACACGGCCCACUGUCUGCCAGGCCUGCAAGAAGCUUCUCAAGGGCCUCUUCCGCCAGGGCCUGCAGUGCAAAGAUUGCAAGUUCAACUGCCACAAACGCUGUGCCACCCGUGUCCCUAAUGACUGUCUGGGGGAGGCACUCAUCAAUGGAGAUGUGCCAAUGGAGGAGGCCACCGACUUCAACGAUUCUGAUAAAAUCGCCCUCAUUGAUGAGUCUGAUGACUCGGGCACCAUCCCGGGCUCCCACUCAGAAAACGCCCUCCAUGCCGGCGAGGAGGAGGAAGGAGAGGGAGACAAGUCCCAGAGCUCCCUGGGGUACAUCCCCUUGAUGAGAGUAGUGCAGUCUGUACGGCACACGACGCGGAAAUCCAGCACCACGCUGCGCGAGGGUUGGGUGGUUCAUUACAGCAACAAGGACACGUUGAGGAAACGGCAUUACUGGCGGCUGGACUCCAAAUGCAUCACGCUCUUCCAGAACAACACGACCAACCGCUACUACAAGGAAAUCCCGUUGUCGGAAAUCCUCGCCAUGGAGCCUGCCCAGAACUUCAGCCUGGUGCCGCCGGGCACCAACCCACACUGCUUCGAGAUCGUCACAGCCAACGCCACCUACUUUGUGGGCGAGACGCCCGGUGGGGCCCCAGGGGGCCCCAGCGGGCAAGGAGCCGAGGCGGCCCGGGGCUGGGAGAUGGCCAUCCGCCAGGCCCUGAUGCCCGUCAUCCUCCAGGACACACCCAGCACUCCCGGCCACACGCCGCACAGGCAAGCUUCUCUGAGCAUCUCCGUGUCCAACAGUCAGAUCCAGGAGAACGUGGACAUCGCCACGGUCUACCAGAUCUUCCCGGAUGAGGUGUUGGGCUCAGGACAGUUUGGUGUGGUCUACGGAGGAAAGCACCGGAAGACAGGCCGAGAUGUGGCGGUGAAGGUCAUAGACAAGCUGCGCUUCCCCACCAAACAGGAGAGCCAGCUCCGGAAUGAGGUGGCAAUUCUGCAGAGCCUCCGGCACCCUGGUAUCGUGAACCUGGAGUGCAUGUUCGAGACGCCCGAGAAAGUGUUCGUGGUGAUGGAGAAGCUGCAUGGAGACAUGCUGGAGAUGAUCCUGUCCAGCGAGAAGGGGCGGCUGCCGGAGCGCCUCACCAAGUUCCUCAUCACGCAGAUCUUGGUGGCUUUGCGACACCUUCACUUCAAGAACAUCGUCCACUGUGACUUGAAGCCAGAGAACGUGUUGCUGGCCUCUGCCGACCCAUUUCCCCAGGUGAAGCUAUGCGACUUCGGCUUCGCGCGCAUCAUCGGCGAGAAGUCCUUCCGGCGCUCGGUGGUAGGCACGCCGGCCUACCUGGCCCCGGAGGUGCUGCUCAAUCAGGGCUACAACCGCUCACUGGACAUGUGGUCAGUGGGGGUGAUCAUGUACGUCAGCCUCAGUGGCACGUUCCCCUUCAACGAGGACGAGGACAUCAACGACCAGAUUCAGAAUGCAGCCUUCAUGUACCCGCCCAGCCCCUGGAGCCACAUCUCCAAGGGAGCCAUCGACCUCAUCAACAACCUGCUGCAGGUCAAGAUGCGCAAGCGUUACAGUGUGGACAAGUCUCUCAGCCACCCCUGGUUACAGGAGUACCAGACGUGGCUGGACCUCCGGGAGCUGGAGAGGAAGAUGGGCGAGCGGUACAUCACGCACGAGAGCGACGACGCACGCUGGGAGCAGUUCGUCAGCGUGUACCCGCUGCCUGGGCCCGGGCUGCCCUCUGAUGGGGAGCUGGGUGGGGGUCUCCGGCCACAGGACUAUGAGAUGCAGGGGCUGGCUGAACGCGUCAGUAUCCUCUGAGACUACGUGCUCCCACCCUCGGGGACCUCAGCCAUGUACUGUUCUAGGGAGGGGAAGAUGGGGACAUGGGCAAGGGGCUCCAAAGGCGCCAUCAAUGAAACCAGACUCCUCUUUGGCCCCAGGGCGAUGGCCUCUGCGCAUGUCCCGUUGUUAGCUAGUUCUGUCGUGUGGAUCCUGGCUCCUUGGACCCUGUUACAGCAGAAUGAAGCCCUUCUGGACUUGCGUCCUUCUCACGAUGGUUCUUCUGUUUUAGCCCGUUGUGGCAGUCACGGUGUGGAUCUGUCUUGUCCAGGGCCUUCCUCUUUUUCGCUGCCCCUCUACGUUACCAAGAAGAAUGACCUCUGGAGACUGGACCCUCCUGAGAACAUGGCCAAAGUAGAUGAAUCUCGCCAUUGAGUCAGGGCGAUAGCCUCACGCGUUCGAUCCGGAUGCUAAGCAAACAGAAGCCGGAGUAUAUGAAGAAGAAUGCGGCGUCCAGACUAGUAGAAGGUUUACUUACAACCUGCGAUAUGCUUAGGACGCGGCGUUGCUUACAGAAAGUGAGGACUGGAAGUACUUGUGUAUACCGUCCUCUGGAAGUAAUCGGUCAAGACGCUCCUUCACCAAGACGGAGAUCACCGGGAAGGAGGGC